GCCUCCCUUUUAUAAUUAAAAUUAACCAUAGUUAAUAUAAUGGGGUCGGGGAUUAAGGUUUCGUUUUCUGUGUUGUGUUUGUUAGGGUUAGUCAUUGUGGGUGAUCAUGCUGCGUAUGCUCAAGACUCACCAACAGACUUUGUUAAUGCACACAACGCUGCAAGAUCACAGGUUGGUGUUCCAAAUAUAGUUUGGGAUGACACAGUUGCGGCUUUUGCACAGAACUAUGCUAACCAACGCAAAGGUGACUGCAAACUUGUCCACUCUGGUGGUGAUGGAAAAUACGGGGAGAAUCUUGCCGGAAGCACCGGUAACCUAAGUGGUACAAAUGCAGUGAAAUUGUGGGUUGAUGAGAAAUCCAAGUAUGACUACAAUUCCAACACGUGCGUUGGUGGGGAGUGCAGGCACUACACUCAGGUUGUUUGGAAAAACUCUGUGCGUCUUGGAUGUGGAAAAGUAAGGUGUGACAAUGGAGGCACUUUCAUUACUUGCAACUAUGCUCCUCCUGGCAACUAUGUUGGCCAAAGACCCUACUAAGUAGUUGCAGUGUAGCAGCUAGCAAGCUACCACUUCAGAUUGCUGGCUUAUAUAUUAAGAAAUAAAUCUUAACACCAUGGAUUUAGCUACGUGACGACUAUAAAUUCAUGGUGUAUAUGAUAUUUUCCCGUUGUAUAGUAAUAUAUACAUGUGAGUACAUGAUUCACAUGAUUAAUAUAUAAUGAUGUUAGUCUUGAACGUUGUGGCGUGUAUUUGAUUUGUUUUAUAUAACCUCUUUGAAAUUAA